GUGAAUGUAAUUCAACUUCAUCGCACAGACAGAUGAGCGUUUAACGCUGGAUUUGUGGAACUAUUUUCUGUGUGACUACAGCGGAUUUGUUUCGAUGUCUGGCGUUUGUGUUUUUUAACUCGUUUGAGUAACGAAAUCUGUGAGGAGGGUUUGUUUCAGUGGUUAAAGUGUUAACGGUGUAUUUAUUAUUAUUAGUAUAUUCAUUUCCAGUAUUUUAUUACAGUAUUGUUUACAAUUAAGGCACUUUUUCGUAUGGGAUAAAAAGUGAUCUGUUAAAUAAACGCAAGAUACUCAUCAGUGAUAAAGUUCACAAAAGUAGUCAAAUUUUAUGCGUGUAAGCUAGAAUAUAAAAACUACCAAGACUGCGCAUAAACACAAUCCCCCUACCUGGACCAAGGUAUUUGCUUUAGUGAAGGCUGGUUCACACAUACAGACGGUUGUCAUGUGUGGAGUAUAGAGCUUCUGUUUGGUUUUUGUGUUCACGCUAUUCGGAAGCGAAUAACUAGAAGAAGAAAACGUAUAUGUUGCUGUCUAUUGUGUGGGACACGUAUAUUCUGUAUACUCUUUCCUAAUCAAACGGAUAAUUUCACGGAUCAAUAGGGUCAAAUGUUAAAGAAUGGGUUGCCUGGGUGAGACGAAGUCUUGGAUUAUUUACCUUAUAUGGUCAUCUAUACCUCUAGUCAUCUCUGAGUUUACCGUUAACCCCUACCCGGCCAGGAUUUAUGCCGGGGCUCCCAAAGAUGUGCCCGUCUUGCAGGUCACGGCAACGGACAAUGCCACAGGUCUACCGAUCACCAAAUUUGUGCUGGAUGCAAAGAGCGAUGCCAAAUUUUUCAGGAUUGAUAGCAAUGGGACUUUGUUUACAAAGGAGACGAUAGACUUUAACGUUGGGAGGGAGUUCUCGUUCUUCAUCUUCGCUAUCGUCAACAAGGACCAGGAAUACCCCGACAAAUAUGCGGAUUAUAGACAAGCGAGCAUUCGGGUGUCAGAGAAAAACGUCUACCCCCCACAGUUCAACCUCACACAGUACAUGUUCCCUGUGUACCGCUACGGUGUGGGAGACAAGAUCGGGUGUGGUAGCCGCUAGUGACCCGGAUGACAAAGGACUACAACAGAGAGUUUAAAAUUUACGCGGCAGAAAAUCAGGUUGCCAACAAAUACGUGUCUGUGGAACCAGACGGCAGCCUAAAGCUUGUCCACGUCGUCGAUGACGUCACCAUCUCCAAUCUGGACCUGGUGGUACUGGCUACCGACCUGGGCUCGCCACAGAUGACCGGCACCACGCAUGUCAG